AUGGAAUUCAGAGAUAUUCAAGCAAUGAUAAGUAGAGCAAUUGAACACACAAAACCUGAUCAACUUGUACCAUUAUUUAAUUGGCUCGAUGGUGAAAUUUCUAGAUAUCGAAUUUCCGGUUUCAUGUCAACUCCAAUUCAAUCGGUAUUAACACCUAAAAUUAAUCAUGGACAGCGUUUUAUGUGUGUUUGUGGUCGAUCAUUUGCUGCAGAAAUAUCAAUUCGUGAAACGACUCAUGUUGAAACAAGCUCUCCACCAGCUACACCAAUGCUUUCUUUUAAAACUGAUCUGAAACAACAGCAACAGCAGCAGCAACAACAAAAUUCACAAGAAUCCAUGUGUAAACGACAAAGAAUAUUAACGAUUGAUGCACCAAUGUCUUCUACUCCAACAACAGCAACAUCUAUAAUUGAUCGUAUAAUUCCAUCAGCAAUGUUCAGUAAUUGGGGAACAACAAAUCUUAAAACUUAUGAAGGUAGUCCAGAAUUAAUGACAGCUGAAUCAAAUCGUGGUGAAAGUGAUAUUGAAUUAUCAAGUGAUGAAUCGAGAUGUUUAGAUGAAAUUGAUGGUGUUCUAUCGCCUGAUAAACAUGUUGCACCUAAUUUUAUUUAUGCAAGUAGUUUAUGGACAACAUCACUUUCUCCUGCUACAAAUGGUUGUUUAUCAUAUUCGACUGAUAAUCAUGAACAAAAUCUACAACGAAAUCAUCAUGAAAUGCUAAGUCUUAAACCAAUAAGCAAUGAACCAUUAUCACCCGCAUUGACACUUAUUCAUGAUGGAGAAUCCAGUAAAACAGUUGCAACAAUUCAUCGUCGACCAAUGCUUAUUGCAUGUACAGAUCCAGAUGCUUGUUCACCAACAGGACCGACGCAUUUUAAAUGUACUCAAUGUCAUGAAACAUUCGAUAGUCUAUUACUUGGACAAGAACAUGCUAAUAAUGGCAUGUGUAUAUCAGAUGCAACAGUAAACGUACUUGAGAAUUCUGAUUCUCAUUUAUCACCUACUGCAUCAUCAAUAUUUGAUACUCUUCAAGAAAAUAUGGAUGAAAUGCUUAAUACUCGACUUGAUUCAAAAGCCGCUUGUCCAAUUUGUAAUAAAGUAUUUAGUAGUGUUCAUACAAUGAUUCGUCAUAAAACAUCAAUACAUGAUAGACAAGUUCGUUAUGGAUGCAAUAUUUGUGGUCGUUUCUUUUUUCGUAAAGAUAAAUUAACAUCACAUAUGGUAUAUCAUCAAGAUUUUGAUACAUAUGUUUGUUGUUUUUGUACAGUUGGAUGUAAAUCACGUAUGUUAAUGAGGCAACAUUUAAAACGCGAACAUAUUAUACCAGGUGAAGAUACUUGUUUUAAUGAUAUACUUAGUCGAUGUCAAGUUAAGAAAUCAUUAAAUUUAGAAACAAAUAUGUCUGUUGCAUAUGGUACUGAUAGACACACACCAUCAUUAAAACGAAUUCUGACUACAAAUUCAGCUGAAAGCGAUAUUAAACAACCGGCUAGUAAUUAA